AUGUCUUGGAGGAAUCAAGGCAUCACUGGGUCCAACAACAUCCCCCUUGGCAAGCGCCGCUUCGGCGGUGAUGGCGAAGAGGAGCCUGAGGAGACGCCCGACAGGGAGCUCAAGCGCGGUCGCGAUCCCGAACCAAGGACGGAAGCUGAUGGCCCUCGCCGUCGCAAGAAACGCAACCGCUGGGGCGAUGCGACCGAGAACAAGGCUGCUGGACUGAUGGGCCUGCCCACGGCCAUCAUGUCGUCUAUGACCAGUGAGCAGCUUGAGGCGUACACUCUGCAUCUUCGUAUCGAGGAGAUUAGCCAGAAGCUGCGCAUCGACGACGUGGUCCCAGCAGAUGGUGACAGGUCGCCAUCGCCGGCUCCCCAAUACGAUAACCACGGUCGACGUGUCAACACCCGCGAGUACCGAUACAGGAAGCGCCUGGAGGAUGAGCGCCACAAGCUCAUCGAAAAGGCUAUGAAGACGAUUCCCAACUACCACCCUCCCCAGGAUUACCGCAGGCCGACAAAGACUCAGGAGAAGGUCUACGUGCCUGUUAAUGACUAUCCGGAGAUUAACUUCAGUAUGAUUGCUAACCCUGACCCUAACCAACUCCUUACCGUUACUGUUUCCUGCCCCUUUGUUGUACCCAAGUCCAGGAUUGGCUUACUUAUCGGACCCCGUGGAAACACGCUCAAGAAGAUGGAAAAUGACUCUGGUGCCAAGAUCGCUAUUCGCGGCAAGGGCUCAGUCAAAGAAGGAAAAGGUCGCUCUGACGCUGCUCACUCCAGCAACCAGGAAGAAGACCUUCACUGUCUCAUCAUGGCUGAGAGUGAAGACAAGAUUAACAAGGCUAAGCAGCUGAUUCAUAAUGUGAUCGAGACUGCCGCCUCUAUCCCGGAGGGACAGAACGAGCUCAAGAGAAAUCAGCUUCGUGAGCUCGCCGCCCUCAACGGUACCCUUCGAGACGACGAGAACCAGGCUUGCCAAAACUGUGGAAAGAUUGGCCACCGCAAGUAUGACUGCCCCGAGCGCCAGAACUUCACGGCUAGCAUCAUCUGUCGUGUCUGCGGUAACGCGGGCCACAUGGCGCGCGAUUGUCCGGACCGACAGAAGGGCGCAAGCUGGCGCAACGACGGCCGUGCCGCCCCCAGGGUCGGCGGUGGCGACGCUGUUGACCGUGAAAUGGAGCAACUCAUGCAGGAACUCGGUGGCGGCGCGCCCGCCGCAAUCGAAGCGGCACCCGACUCGUACAACAAUGGCGGCACCCCCAGUGGCCCUGGCUCUGGUGGUGCUGGCGGCGAGACCGCCAAGCCAUGGCAGCGUGGUCCCACGGGUGGACCUGCGCCCUGGAGGUCGCGCAACAACGACUCGCACCAUGAUGGAGCCAGUGGGGGAGGAAGUGGUGGACCGGCACCGUGGGCUCGUGACCGCAACCGUGACCGUAACCAUGACCGUGGCCAUGACGGCGGCUACGGUGGUGGCCAGCAGCAGCAGCAUGACAGCUACAAUAACUACUACAACCAGCAGCAACAAGGCUACGGUGCUCCGACGGGCGCGGCGCCGCCCUGGCAACAGCAUACACAGCAGCAGCAGCAGCAGGCUCCCGGCGCGCAAGCCGGAUACCCCGGCUACGCUGGAUACGGUGGCUACAGCGCUCCUGGCAUGGGCGCGCCUCCGGGUCUGGGUCAGCCUGCUGGUGCUGGACUGUCGGCACCCCCCGGUCUCGACCAGAAUGGCAUUAAUGCGCUGAUCCAACAGUACUCAGGAGCUGCCGCUCCUCCGCCCCCGCCGCCGCCGUCUGUGCUUUUGACCUAA